UAUUGACAGCAUCAUGAGCGAUACUCCAAGCAGGGUCCUUACAAACUAUGUCAUCCUACGGUAUGUCAACUCGUGGGCGGAAGCUUUGGAUGAAAAAUACCGCAAAGCGAUAAAGACAUUUGUCGAAAACGUUAAUCCUAAUGAAGAGAUGGGAGACCGAAAAAGGUUCUGUCAGAAGCUCACAAUACGCAAAUUCAAAGAACCCGUAGCUGCAAUGUACGAACGUUCUAGAGGAACAAA